UCUCUCCACUCUCUUUCUCUCUCUUUUUCUCUCUCUCGUCUGCCUUCCCUGCGCGCCGCCCGUCCGCCUUGCCGUCGCCACUUAAUCUCCGGCAACGCCGCACAACCACCACCACCGCGACGCCUCUUUCUAUCUCUCUAUCUCUUUAUUCUGACUUGGAGUUGUCGGAUUCAACUUGUGGAGAGCGCAGCCGCAGUUGCAGUGGUAGAUCUCCGGCAAUCGCAGCGGCAGCACCGCACAGCCACCAUCGAUCGUCGUCGAUCGCCGGAGAUCUGGAGUGGUAUUACUGUCGAUCGCCGUCUCCAUUGGGGCUGAGCAAUUAUCGAUCCCUAGAGUUCCAAUUUUGACCGAUGAUCCUAACCCUAAUUCCUCUUUCACGGCGCGGUAAACCGCCGCCUCGACCGAUUCACCGGGCUUCAUCUUCUCCGACAGCGGGCGGCCGCGGUGCCUCGACCGUGUGAACAGGAGGGACAGAAUCGGCGAGAGAGGCUCGCCCUCGGCGAUCUCCAGCCACAGAUUGUGGACAUUUUCCUUGUUGCUCUCUUCUCUCCUGAGUGAUAUUAGUGACCUGAUCUGCAAAACAUGAGUGUUAUAAUCUUGUUGAGUUUUAUUAUGGAAAUUAAAUUGAUUUAUUACACUCUUUUGUUGAGGUGAGGGCUCCUCUUAGGUACUUCCUUGUGAAGCAGAAGCUGAGAUGUUGAUGCUUUAGGUAGACGUUCACCCUCGUGCACUCCUUCCGUCCUGCAACGCGACGUGUUUCUUUGAGGCUAGCAGAUGUAUGAAGUAGCUAGUCAAGAAUAGAUUACAUACCAGAAGGCAUGAUUGUGCGUAUCUCAGUGCUUAUCUUGAGCAUUUCUUGCACUCUCGAUAGGGGGACGACCGUCGCCCUCGACUUCAGAAGGGAAGCUCCUCGGGUCUGGAUGGCCACCCCGGAGUCGACAGCGGCUUGGACCUCAGCCCUGUUGGCGCCCAGGGACUCUGCUGCCUCGGCACACACGUUGGUGACCAGCGCUGCAGCAGAGGACAGCACGUUGGCCAUGUCCUGGCACGGCAUGCCUUGCUGGAAUGGGGAGCCCUCUUCCUUGCCCGUGGUGCUGCUGAUCCUGGCAAUGGCUGCAGCUAGCUGCGUGAGGGAGAGGGCCGCGUGCAGCUGGGCUGUUUGGAGCCGUCUCUCCUCUUUCUUGCUCUCGUUCCUCCACCCGAAUAGGCUGCUCAGGAACUGGCCCCUCGGCCAUGUUCUUCGUUGCUGUGAGUCCAUCUGUUUGUUGAGAAUUUUGUUAGUUUGGAAGUUUUGGAUUUGGACUGGAAUUUGGUGGUGUUGUUACCUUUAUGUUGUUGUCCUGCUUCAGUGAGGCUUUUGGGGUUGAAUGUGCACUUUUGAAGUUCUCAUCA